AUGGCCUUCAGUAAAGGUUAUCGCAUCUACCACAAGUUGGACCCGCCUCCAUACAGUGUCAUCGUGGAGACGAGAUCCAGGGAAGAAUGCCUCAUGUUUGAGUCCGGGGCCGUUGCCGUCCUCUCGGCGGCUGAGAAGGAGGCUAUUAAAAACACGUAUUCCAAAAUCGUGGAUGCCUAUGGGAUCUUAGGUGUUCUGCGCCUCAACUUGGGUGACUCCAUGCUCCACAGCCUGGUGGUGGUGACGGGCUGCAGCUCGGUGGGCAAAGUGCAGGAGUCAGAGGUGUUUCGGGUGACGCAAACAGACUUUGUGUCGCUAAAGAAUGACCCUGGCGACGAGGAGCGCAUCGGCGAGGUGCGUAAGGUGCUCAACUCGGGCCACUUCUACUUCGCUUGGUCAGCCUCGGGCAUCAGCAUGGACCUCAGCCUCAAUGCGCGUCGCCGUAUCCUAGAGGACACCACGGACAACCGCUUCUUCUGGAAUCAGUCCCUGCACCUCCACCUGAAGCAUUACGGCGUCAACUGCGACGACUGGCUGCUGAGGCUGAUGUGCGGUGGUGUAGAGAUCCGCACCAUCUACGCCGGACACAAGCAAGCCAAGGCCUGCAUCUUCUCCCGCCUCAGCUCGGAGCGUGCUGGCACCCGUUUCAACGUGCGCGGCGCCAACGACGAUGGACAGGUGGCUAACUUCGUGGAGACUGAGCAGGCCAUCUUUCUGGAUGACAGAGUGUCGUCGUUCAUCCAGAUCCGUGGCUCUAUUCCGCUGUUUUGGGAGCAGCCAGGGAUCCAGAAAAAGUCCCUUAAGGGGGUUUUGUUGCACCUCAACGACAAUCGGCAACCAAAUCGACACGAUGACAACCUGCACUUGGUUGGCUCUCACCGCGUCAAACUCUCCCGAGGAUUUGAAGCAAACGCGCCGGCCUUUGAAAGGCACUUUACUGCCUUGAAAAGGCUGUACGGCAAACAGGUGAUCAUCAAUCUGCUCGGCAGUAAAGAAGGAGAACACAUGCUCAGCAAAGCCUUUCAGAGUCACCUGAAAGCGUCGGAGCAUGCCACGUCCGUCAAGAUGGUCAACUUCGACUACCACCAGAAUGUGCGGGGCGGAAAGGCAGAGAAGCUGCACAGUGUGCUGAAGCCGCAGCUCGGCAAGUUCCUGGAAGAGUGUGGAUUCUUCUACUACUCAGGAGAGAGGGGCAUUACGAGGAGCCAGUGUGGCACCGUCAGGACAAAUUGCCUGGACUGUUUGGACAGAACCAACAGUGUCCAAGCUUUCUUUGCCCUGGAGAUACUGGCGAAGCAGCUGGAGGAAAUGGGGCUGACGGAGAAACCUCAGCUAGUGGCCCGCUUCCAGGAAGUCUUCCGGACCAUGUGGUCGAGCAACGGCGACUCGAUCAGCAAGAUCUACGCUGGCACCGGCGCCCUGGACGGCAAGGCCAAGGGCGGAAAGCUAAAAGACGGCGCCCGCUCAGUGACCAGGACCAUCCAGAACAACUUCUUUGAUAGCUCCAAACAGGAGGCUAUUGACAUCCUGCGUCUAGGCUCUACGCUCAACAGCGACCUGGCCGACAAAGCGCGGGCCUUGCUCACCACAUCCAGCCUCUACGUCACGGAGCCUGUCUUACAGUCAGCCUCCCCCAGGGUUCUUCUUGGCAUGUGUCAGAACCACCGCAAGUACACACGGCCCAAGCAAAUCCGGGUCUGCGUGGGCACGUGGAAUGUCAACGGCGGCAAGCAGUUCCGCAGCAUCGCCUUCCGCAACCAGACUCUGAAUGACUGGCUGUUGGACGCGCCCAAGAUCGCCGGACACCCCGACUUCCAAGAGAGCAAAGCCAACCCUGUGGAUAUAUUUGCCAUUGGCUUUGAGGAAAUGGUUGAGUUGAACGCAGGAAACAUCGUCAGCGCCAGUACCACCAACCAGAAGCUGUGGGCCGCCGAACUGCAGAAGAACAUCUCGCGUGACCACAAAUACGUGUUGCUGGCGUCGGAGCAGCUAGUGGGCGUGUGCUUGUUUGUCUUCAUCCGCCCGCAGCACGCACCCUUCAUUAGGGACGUUGCGGUGGACACGGUGAAAACGGGCAUGGGCGGCGCCACAGGGAACAAAGGGGGUGUGGCCAUCCGGCUGCUUUUCCACACCACCAGCAUUUGCUUCGUGUGCUCACACUUUGCGGCGGGACAGUCGCAGGUCAAGGAGAGGAACGAUGACUACAAUGAGAUCACGCGCAAACUCACUUUCCCCAUGGGUCGGCUGCUCUACUCUCACGACUAUGUUUUCUGGUGCGGAGACUUCAACUACCGCAUCAACCUUCCCAACGAAGAGGUGAAAGAGCUAAUCAGGCAGCAGAAUUGGGAUGCACUGACUGCUGGUGAUCAGCUCUUCGACCAGAAGAAUGCCGGAAUGGUGUUCCGUGGAUUCACAGAGGGCAAAUUGGACUUUGCGCCCACGUACAAAUACGACCUGUUCUCUGAGGACUAUGACACAAGCGAGAAGUGCCGUACACCCGCCUGGACCGACCGCAUCCUCUGGAAGCGCCGCAAGUGGAACUUUGACAAAACGGCUGAAGAAAUGAACGUGGUGGGUGCGGCGUCCACGUCAGCUGAAAACGAGGACGAUCCCGGUUACCCUUGGAGCCCCGGGACCCUCAAGUACUACGGCAGAGCUGAGCUCAAGACCUCGGACCACAGGCCGGUGGUGGCUGUCAUGGACGUGGACAUCCUGGAGGUGGAUCCGGAGGCCCGGCAUCAGGUCUACAAGGAUGUCAUUGCCCUGCAGGGUCCACCGGACGGCACAAUCCUGGUGUCCUUGUGCUCUUCCGGACCGGACGACUUCUUCGACGACCCACUCAUCGACGAGCUGCUUGACAAGUUCGCUAACUUCGGCGAAGUCAUCCUCAUCAGAUUUGUCGAGGAGAAGAUGUGGGUGACAUUCCUGGAAGGUUACUCUGCUCUGGCCGCUUUGUCUCUCAGCGCCUCCACUGUUCUGGGGAAGGUGAUCGACAUCCGCCUGAAGAGUCCUGGCUGGAUCAAGAGCUUGGAAGAAGAGAUGAGCGUGGAGCGGAUCUGUGGGAGCGUCCCCGCCUCGGCCAGCUCCAGCCUACUGGCUGAGGACGCCGACCUUGGUGAUGAUGACUAUGACAUGGAGGGCGACGUAGAUGAGGAGCUGGAGGCGGUUCUUCCCCAGCAUCUGCAGCCUUCCCCUGGCUCCGGAGUGGGCUCCUCACCAGUACCAUCGCCACGUGCCAGCCCCUGCGCCUCUCCCACUCACGGAGACAGGCCCGGACGCAGUGCUCAACCUGUGCGACCGUCACAAGGACCUCCUGUCGACUUCCAGCCCGGGGCACCGACACCUCAAGGCCUGGAACCCAAACGUGCGCCCCCACCUCGACCCAAUGCGCCCCCGGCAAGACCCGCGCCCCCUCAGCGCCCGCCGCCGCCCUCAGGAUCAAAAAGCCCGGCUCUUCCUCGGCCUGACUCCGCCGCAGGUCGAGGUCAGGUCGCCGCUGGGCCCCCUGGACCCGGAGGUGCCUCCCGGCCGAAUUUGCCCCCUCGAGCCGGCGUGAUUAGCGUGCCUCCACAGUCACGUCCCUCUCCUCCGUCCCACCCCGGAGCUCCCCGACCCAUCCCAGAAGUUCACCCAGGAGCACCUCGACCCAUGGCCGACACCCACCCCGGGGCCCCUCGACCGGUACCUGGUGCCCCGGCCAAAGCUUCUGACCUUCCUCUAGGUGAGCACGCAUCGCCAUCCACACCAGCGGGAGCCGCUCCAACCGUGCCUCCUGCUGUGAGAGCGACGGUACCUCCGGUCCAGUCCCAACUGCCUCCCCCGAUGCAACCCACGCCUGCCGCUGCUCCCGCGCAAACUUUGGCCUCUCCAAAGCCACCGCCCCGUUCCCGCUCGCAUCAUGCUCUACCCCCAGAUGGCGCCAAAGCCGACUCGGCCCCGCAGACUAACGGGCUGAACGGCGUCCAAUGGAAGCCUAUUGACUGGGACCCCCUCGAUUUCCUGUCCAUGCCAUCAUCCCACCGGCAAAGCAUCCCAUCCCCGACCUGCGGCUCCAACCUGAGGGCGCCGCCCGCUGUCCCCUCCUCUUCAAUGUCACGGUCAACCUCGCCGGGUGCCGCCCUCCUUCCGCCGCCGCCGCCUGCCAUGCCCCGAAGUCGUUCACAGGAAACCCUGCGCGCUUCACCCAACCCCUAUCCUGCUGAGCCGCUUCCCGCCCGGCCCAAGAGCACCAACCCAUUUGUCCAGACGUCCGCGCCUCCCCCCCAGGGCCUCUCUCGUAGCGCGUCCCUGUUAGUGUCCCUCCCACCCGUUCUUCCGCCACGUCGCCAGCCCCCCAACUGGGUCACCUUCAACGACGACUUCCCCCUCCCGGCUAGAAGUGCCACCUUGCCCCCGAGUUCCGCCCCCCGCUCCGAACCAGACUGGUUGAGUAACAUGGCGCUCCCGACACCCCUUGUCCCCGAGCCGGACUGGUUAACCCCUACGCCGGCAUAUCCCGCCUGCUCGGCAAAAACUCUGCCCGCUAAUGCCACCCUAUACCCCGAGCCGGACUGGUUAACCCCAACCCCUGCGAUAGCAGCCCUCCCGAACCUCCCUCUUCCCCCUCUCCCGUUGCGGACCGGCACGGCGGUCCCCAUACAUCCCGAGGGAUCCAGUCCGAGCUGCCUCUUUUUCCCCAGAGAGCCGACAGAACGGUGA